AGGAUGCCAGACGCAGCCAGCCAGGGCUGCACUGACCAAUGCGGAAAGGCAUGACCAUCGUGCUCCUGCCAAGGAAAGAAAAGGAGCGAGGCUUGCUCUCCAUCUCUCUCUCUCUCUCUCUCCUUCCCUCCCCCUUUCUGCUUCUCCUCCUCCUCCUCCUUUUUUUUUUCCGGCAAAGGCUCCGCUCCCGGAAAUGGCCUUGUCAGGAGAGCGGUGGUUGCUGCAAAGUGUGCGCGCUUAGCUCCUGCUGCUGCUUGUCUCUUUGCUAGCUAAGGUCAUAUUUCACUCUUGGGCAAGUCAGUUUAAAAUGAAAAGCGAGAAUCCGGAAGCAGUAAAUUACUAUGUUGGAAUUGAUGUUGGCACAGCGAGUGUCCGUGCGGCUUUGGUAGACCAGUCUGGGACAGUCGUGGCUUACGCAGACCAACCAAUUCAAAUUUGGGCACCACAUCCAGACCACUAUGAGCAAUCCUCGAAUGACAUCUGGGCUGCGUGUUGUGCAGUCACAAAGAAAGUUAUCCAAGGGAUCAAUAUUUCCCAGAUUCGAGGACUUGGUUUCGAUGCUACCUGUUCUCUUGUUGUCUUGGAUAGCCAUUUCCGGCCCUUGACAGUCAGCACUGAAGGAGAAUGCAACAGAAACAUCAUCAUGUGGAUGGAUCAUCGUGCAGCCGAUCAAGUAACACGUAUCAAUGGGACAAAUCACAAUGUCUUGCGUUUUGUUGGAGGAGCAAUGUCAGUUGAGAUGCAGCCACCAAAGUUGCUGUGGUUGAAAGAAAAUUUGCGAGAGUUUUGCUGGGAAAAAGCAGGGCACUUCUUUGAUCUUCCAGAUUUCUUAUCAUGGAAAACAACAGGUGCCACUGCAAGAUCUUUAUGCACAUUGGUGUGUAAGUGGACAUAUUCUUCCGAGAAAGGCUGGGAUGAUAGUUUCUGGAAACAAAUUGGAUUAGAAGAUCUGAUGGCAAAUAAUUACACUAAAAUAGGAAAUGAAGUUCUCACUCCAGGAGCUCCUGUUGGAAAUGGGCUAACAGCAGAGGCUGCAAGGGAUCUUGGCCUUUCUAAGGGAAUUGCGGUAGCUGCCUCUCUGAUUGAUGCACACGCUGGUGGAAUAGGCAUGAUUGGAGCUAAUGUGAAUGGAUAUAACUUACCAUGCGAAAACCAGCCAAUUACAUCCCGAAUUGCCGUGAUAUGUGGGACAUCUUCAUGCCACAUGGGGAUCAGCAAGAUCCCUGUGUUUGUUCCUGGUGUUUGGGGACCAUAUUACUCAGCAAUGGUGCCAGGACUCUGGCUAAAUGAAGGAGGCCAAAGUGCUACUGGGAAAUUGAUAGAUCAUGUCGUCCAAGGACACACAGCAUUCCCAGAACUACAAACAAAAUCUGCAGCCAGUGCUCAAAGUAUAUAUACAUACUUAAAUGGUCACCUGGAUCUGAUUAAGAAAUCUUUGCCUGUGGGUUUUCUCACUGUUGAUUUACAUGUUUGGCCAGAUUUCCACGGCAACCGAUCUCCCCUAGCAGAUCUGACUCUAAAGGGCAUGGUGGUAGGACUGACUUUAUCUCAAGGCCUUGAUGAUCUUGCUCUUAUCUAUUUGGCCACAAUUCAGGCCAUUGCAGUGAUCCCUCCCAGUGACUUCAUGUACAUAUUAAAGAGCACUGGGAAUAGAAUUGCACCACAUAAUAGCUCCUUUUUGAAGGAACAGCUAUCCUCAAGCACCACCAUCUGGAACCUGGCUGAGAGGUAUAACCAGAACCACUGCAGCACAGUGCCUCCGAUUCUCAGCCCUUCCAGGCGCUCCAUAAGGAUACCAUGGCCAAUGGUAUUGAAGGCUGCGGAAAGGUCUAGAAGCACCAGCCGGUCUCUCCUCAAUGUUGAAACGGAGAUCAUCCACUAAAGCAACCAUAGCAGUCUCAACUCCAUAUCCUGCUCUGAAGCUGAUUUGAAAUGGAUCAAGGAAGUUUGUGUUAUCCAAGACUGCCUGGAGUUGGAGGGCAACUGCCUUCUCAAUCACCUUGCUCAGAAAUCACUCUUUAUCCCCUACAAAUCAUCCCAGGAUCUAUCAGCAGAUCCCAGUCUACCUGUUAUCCUCCCCUUGAGGUUACAGAGCUGAUUUGUAGAUCACAUUUUUGUAGAUCACACUCCCUGUAUCUGAAGUGCUGCCUGGAAGCUAUUAGUAGUUUUGUACUGUAACUUGUUAGUCUUUGGUAGUGAUAUGACUGAAUUGUGCUAUAUUGAUAUGUAAAUCUAAACCUUGCAAGCACGUUACGUGCACAAUAGAGAACCUGGCACAGAACCGCAGUUUGUUCCUUUCCACUACCCAAACAAGCCAUGUUUUUGCGUUACCCUGGAAGACACCCAUUGCUGCUGUUCCGUGAUGCAAAAGAAGUAAAGACAAAGGUGUACGGGCAAUGCAGAUUACUUUUGCAUUCAACAUCCUCACACUCCAUAAAGUCUAGCAGUGAGGUCAGAUUCUGUCAACUCCAUUUGCACAAUUUUAGCACUUCUCUUAACAAAAACAGAAUUACCCUAACUAAACCUGGAAUACAUUACUGCUAGGCCUAUUAUUGCUCUUUGGUAGCAGUACAGAAGUGCACUUGGUACUUUAAUACCAUUCCCUUUUCAUUUAAAUAAGAAAUGCAAGUGCUUUCUUGGAAAAUGAGCACGAUUGGUCUUAUCUGGUGAAAGAGAUUACAGACAACAACUUUUCAGUGCCAAACAAGCACCGUGGCAUUAUUCUAUGCUAAUGGGGUGGAAGCUUUCCCAGUUGGAUAUCCUGGGAAAAUCAUCUAUUGUUAUUCCACUGCUUCAUUGCAGUUGAUUGCUUUGUGCUUUGAAAAUAAGCUAUUUCUGGCCUGUCUUUCCUGCAUCAUAUUUCAG